AUGUUUCGUCGGCAGGGUUUUCUUCAGGUAUCGUGAAUUUUCGUUUCUUUUAUUCAGAACUGCUAUAUCAUCGUAAUCCUUGUCUGUUUUUAUUAGCUCAGGCGGAUUGCUGCAAGAUGCGAAGGCGAACCUCCGAGAAGAAGUGGAAAAUGUGAGCUAAGACUUUUACUCAGGAGUUAAGCUUGUUUAAGAAACACCCAAGUCCUAAAAAAAAUAUUGGAUAAUACGAAUUUUUUUAAUAAAUGAGGAACGAUCGAUCUUAGGACUGAAGCUAUGGUACUGCUAGUUGCCCUAAUCACCAGUUUCUGAGCAACCAGUUAGGAUGGAAUUUGACCAUGGACGAGGUUUGCAAGAGGAACAGAAGAACCACUGGGCACUUAUACUUACCAUUUGGACCAGUUCAAGAAAGCGCUUUAUUCCUUACUUCUGAUUGGCUAACGCCCGUCAUUUUCUUACAUGAAGACCAGCACCUUAUUAUAUCAGUCACUAUAUUGGUAAAGCAUCGGUUGAGUGUCAAUCGAGAGUCCAAGGUAUCGGCUGUUUACGUCCACAGUGUCGGUGAUAUGGGGGCUCAUACUUGGUGUAAAAACCUGUGAAACUCAUGAGUGACAUAGAACAAUUACAGUAAAAUCCCAGUAACUGGAACUCUGAGGGGAAACGCAAAAAGGUUCAAGUUAGUGGGGAAUUUGAGUUAUCCGAUUUUGAGUUAUCAAGGUUCUACUGAAAUACGAAGAAGCCACUGAGAAGUGAACACAAUAGAGCCAAGGAAAAUAAUAGCUAGAAAACAAAGAAAAACUUCACAGGUUUUUACACCGAUGGUGACCUAAUAUGUGGGUGAUCUGUUGGUGAUCCGCUGGCAAAGUAAUGACCGACUGUUGACCCACUGUCGGCCAGUAGACUGUAGUGGCCAUCUACCAGUCGAGUCUUGUUUGAGACUCAACCGAUACUCGACCAACACUUGACCAAGGUAGUGACCGAUAUGUUGACUGACAGUAGAUGGUGAUGUCGGCAGAUACAUCAGUCAAUGCCCCCUAUAUGACACAGGAUCCUCAUACAUUUGUAGCCAUAAAAUAACAGUUUUGUCCUUUUUUGUUUCACCAGGUCUCAACAGUGUUCAGUUGAUUGGUUAUACUGGAAGUGAUCCUCUAAGAGGCAGCACAGAAUUCCAGCCAACAAAAUUCAGCUUAGCUACUACAGUUUAUUAUAAGACAAGAAAUGGUAAAAAAUAUAAAUACACAGAUUUUUAGCUUUUCUUGUACUCUAUUUUUUUUUAACUUCUAAUCUAAUUCUUGUAACUUUUUUUAAGAAUAAAUGAAUUUAUAUUAAUAAUUAAUGUGUUUAUAUUAAGUCAGUAGGAAAAGAAACUUAAUUUAACAAAUAAAGAAGCCUUCACUGUGCUCUGUUCUGUUAUAAAUCAUGCAGGAAGCAGCUAAAGCACCAAAGAAGUGUAGAGGGAACAUGAAAUGUAGUCAAGCGUUUCUCCCUACUUUUUGAGUGCUCUAGUCACUUCCCAAGUUCUUUACAACAGAACAGAGCAGAGUCAAGGCUCCUUUACUUGUUUUAUGAUAAAGAAUCCCUUAAGUUCCCCACACAUUACUUUCUUAUUUUUUCAGCAUGUUUUAUACUCUCAUAAAGCACGCUUUUUCAACCAAUCAGAGUGCGUGCUAUUUCUGAACUUUAUUGUAAAGUUUGGUAAGGCACAUUGUGUGGAUUUAACGGUUGAAUCUUAAGACAAACUUCUAUAAUGUGACCAUUCAAAAGAAACUUUGUUCACGGUGUUUUUGCAUGGUACUACCAGUAAUAAUAAUUUGCCAAAAUUUUCCAUGAAAGUAAACUUAAGAGUUCCUUUUUUUUCUUUUGACCCAGAGCAUUGUUUUAUGGCAAUUUCAAGAAAAUGCAAUGUCCACCUGUAAGGACAUAUGUAAAGAUUUGGCAGUAGAAAGAAGAUUUUAGCUUUCAAGAUUAUUUAUUGUUUCUCGUCUUCACCUUUCAUGUUGGCUUUAUUGGAAAAAUUUAUGGAAAUUGGUAUUCUCAUGGAAUAACUUUCAACUUACAAUCUCUGAAUUCAUUAUCAGUUUAUGAAAAAAACUAAACAAAUUUUGUGAUAUUGCAAAGUUUUUUUUUGACAACAUUCAUGCCAGUGCCUAUCCAAUUUUCUCAAGUCAAGAAAUUGAGCAUUCACCAUAUUCAGUGAGUGGACACUCAUUUGAUCCAUUUGAGAUUGCAAUAGACUUAAAGUUUGCACUACAAUUUAUGUCAGAAUAACACACAAAAUGGAAAUGGAAUAUCAAUAUAAAACAUGGAAAUGGAAUAUCAAUGAAUAAUAAGAACUGUUAUGUUGGUUUUGUUGGUCAAAGUUAUAAUAUGACAUUGUAAAGAGAAAAAGUUUAAAAGAUAGUGGGGGGGGGGGGUUAAUUCAUGGGGAAGCAUCCCCUUAGGUCUUAUAAAAAUAGCUGUGAAGUAUUUGUAAAAAGAUUAUUUAGAAACUGUUAUCUUACAUAGUUGAUCAUUAAUUUAGAUUUGGAUUGAUCGAGCUGGAUAUUUAGAAGCCUAUCUCUUUUAUUAAUUAACAGGUAAUGAAUGAGGCUGAAACCUGCACUUUUCUUCAUAAGAUGUCAUCGGUUCAUUAAUUAUUCAUUCAAAAUAAUUCUUUAAAAGCCAAAAACAUUUGGUCAUCAGUAGCAGGUUAUGGUGAAUUAAAUAUUCUCCAAAUAGCAUGUUGGAGUUGUCUUUUGCUGUUCUUGUCAUGCUGUUAGCCAAUCAGAAAAAUGAAAAUGAAAUAUUUUGAAUGAAUAAUAACAUUAAUAUGUUAACAAAUUUUCCUAAUUUGGUCAUCAGUAAACUUAAUUUUAGCCAAUCAGAAAAAUGAAAAUGAAAAUGAAAUAUUUUGAAUGAAUAAUAACUACUUUUAAUAACAUUAAUGUUAACAAAUUUUGAAAUAAUUAGUUAAGCUAUAGUGAUGAAUUUUAAUAUUGUAUUGAUAACUAAUUUUUAGGUAAAAGUGUCCCCGACUUGUGGGCCUCCUUAGGUAUGCUAGAAGACUUUGACACCUAAAUAAAGUUUGUAUUGUAUUUUAUUACUGUAAAUUUUUUUGUUUGAAUUAAAGAAACACUUGAAAGCAAGACUGAAUGGCAUAACAUCUCAGUUUUCAAACCAUCACUACAGGAGAAAGUAAAUGGAUAUGUGAGGAAGGGGUAAGCCUGUUUUGUAAUUUAACUAGGUUAUUCAUCUUAUCCAUGCUCAUAAAUAGGUGAGGUUUUCUUGCACAAUCUUUAUUACCAGCUUAUACAUUUUAACUAACUAUGACAUGUGAAUAUAAUGUAACAGGAUUCUUAUGUGAGAUUUCCUUCCAAUGUAUGUGUUAAAAUACAUGUACUGAAUGGAUAUAGCUACUUUUGUGUAAAUAGCAGUUAGAAUAUUGCAUAUUUAUUUGUUGUCAGCAAGACUUCAUGUAGGUUGACUGUGAAACUCAGGAGCCUUCCAGUAAAAAUGGAAACUACCGGGCAAAUGAGAUGUCCUGUCAGCAAGAUUGCAUUAUUUUUGUGUUUACAAGUAUAGUACAUAAUUAUAGUUAUGUUUAUGUUACACGUUAGAUUUGAUUUCAGGUUAGAUUUUUUAACCUUGGUUGAUUCUAAAUUUUCUUCAUCUUCUGGGGCUAGGAGACAAAGGGAAUCAGGAAUUCCCCUAGGUUUUUUUAACAUGAAAUCAAAUUUGACCUGUAACAUAUAUAUACAUGUAUGGAAUAGAAGAUGAAUUACUUAAACUCGUGGAGGAGGAGUUCUUUUAAAACAAUUGCUUCAUUAUUUCCUGCAGAACUCGUCUAUUUGUUCAAGGAUCUAUACAAUACAACAACUACGUAGAUCAGGAAGGAAUCAAGCGGUAUAACACAAGUAUCGUUCCUAGUAAGAGUUCUAUCAAUCCUUUAAAAAGUGUUGAGUGUAUGGGAUUUUUUAAUUCAUACGCACAUGAGGUGAAGCAUGACUUUUGAGUGAAACAGCGUCUCUUCAAAGGUCAAUUUGAUUCAUACAGUGCAUGUAAGAGUAAAAAUCUUGCACACCCUUCCUCUUUGUGUAAAUUUGGGCUGCCUGUGACACUACUCCUUACACAGUCAAACCUCUCUAUAAUUGCCAACUUGAGACAAAGGUAAGUGGCCUUUGUUGGAAUGUGGCAAUUAUGGGAAGGGAUAGGGAUGUAAUGUGAUACCAAUUUUUGGGGAGAGAGUGGAAGGGAAAUAGGUCAAUGAGACAGAUAGUAAAUGUCCAGAACAAAAAUGUUAUCAAAAGGAAUUGAGUAAAUCCUUUGUUUUAUUAUGGCUGUUGUCAGUGGCAGAUUCAGAUCUUCAAGUAAAUGAGGGGGCUUGCUCGUUCAGACUCAAAGAUAAUAGUGGGGCUGGACCUCAAAAAUAACUUUUCUCAGCCCAUCAGGUUUCCAGGGUUCUCAAUAGAAGGCGGCACCCGGGGAUUGAUCGCCGCUUACUUUGGGAUUUAUAGCCGCUUACUUUGUGUUUAAGUCGCUUUUCUUUGCUUUGUUUUGACACCUCUGGCUUUGCUGAAGAGCCUCCUACUUUAUCAGUGAUCACCUCCUACUUAAAAAUCUAUUGAGAACCCUGGGUUUCUGUUUGUCCUGAAACUAAGGCGGGGACCAGGGCCCCACCCCCAGAUCUGCCACGUGUUGUGCAGUUGGGAUGCACUUGAACCACCAUUUCCAUUGUGACCAGGUGGUCAUUAAUGAGAGGUGAAAAUAAGAUUCAAUAUAUGGACUGCCCGACUGGGACAUAUGAUAAAAGCCAUAGCAGGGGAGGUAACCCUUGUUAAGAUGUGGUCAUUAUUAGGGAAUGGACUGUAUGUGGCACAACUUGCUGCCCUAUUUUUUAGAUACACUACCCAAAACCCAAGAGCAAACAAACCGUUGAAAAUCCCAAUAAAGUAAAGCUUAUAGGUCUUACCUACCAAGGACCAAAUUUACAUUACCCUGUGGCAGAUUUAGGGGUAGGUGGUAGGUUUUGA